CCCCCUACCGGACCCGCUGACACGCUUCUGCCGCUCCGGUUCUGCAGCAGCCAUGGAUCAGCAGGACGAGCUCUCCGGGUUCCAGACCGCCUUCAAGUCCUUCGCCACGGAGGCCAUUCACGUCGGACAGGAACCGGAACAGUGGAAGUCCAUGGCCGUGGUUCCUCCGAUCUCUCUGUCCACCACCUUCAAACAGCACGAACCGGGAAACCACGCUGGCUUUGAAUACAGUCGCAGUGGAAACCCGACCAGGAACUGUCUGGAAAUGGCCGUGGCGGCUCUGGAUGGAGCUAAGUACUGUCUUGCUCUGGCCUCAGGAUUAGCAGCCACGGUAACCAUCACCCACAUGCUGAAGGCAGGUGAUGGAAUCGUCUGCAUGGAUGACGUCUAUGGAGGAACCAACCGCUACUUCCAGAGAAUCGCUGCCACCAUCGGUCUGGACGUCUCAUUGGCCGAUUGCACAAAACCAGAGAAGCUGAAGGCGGCUCUGAAGCCCAACACCAAACUGGUCUGGAUCGAGACGCCCACCAACCCGACCAUGAAGGUGGUGGACAUCCAGGCCUGCUCUGAUCUGGUGCACCAACACAACAAGGACAUCGUGGUAGUGGUGGACAACACCUUCAUGUCGGCGUACUUCCAGCGCCCCCUGGCUUUAGGAGCUGAUAUCUGCAUGUACUCAGCCACCAAAUACAUGAACGGACACAGCGACGUGGUGAUGGGUCUGAUCUCCAUGAACAGAGAAGAUCUGCAUGAACGACUCAAGUUUCUGCAAAAUGCUCUCGGAGGCGUUCCGUCGCCCUUCGACUGCUUCCUGGUGAACCGAGGCCUGAAGACGCUUCACCUCCGGAUGGAGCGCCACUUUAAGAACGCCAUGGCUGCUGCCAAGUUCCUGGAGGCCGAUCCCCGGGUGGAGAGAGUCAUCUUCCCAGGCCUGCCGUCCCACCCUCAGUAUGACGUGAUGAAGAAGCAGUGCACCGGCUGUCCAGGGAUGAUCACCUUCUACAUUAAAGGGAAGCUGGAACACGCCAGAGCCUUCCUCAGUAGCCUCAAAAUGUUUGCCAUCGCUGAGAGUCUCGGUGGAUACGAGAGUUUAGCAGAACAUCCGGCCAUCAUGACCCAUGCGUCGGUGCCGGAGAACGAGAGGAAGGUUCUGGGCAUCAGCGACACUCUGAUCCGCCUCUCUGUGGGUCUGGAGGACGAAGCCGACAUCUUAGAGGACCUGGACCAGGCGCUGUCUGCUGCUCAUCCGAAGAAGAACUGAGCGUCUCUGGUCUUCAUCUGGUCUCCGAGGUGGAACCGGAGCUUCUACGGAUUCUUCAGGGAAAUAAUUCAAGCGAUUCUAGAGCCUCAGUAGAACGGCUUCUUAUUUAUCUGAUUUGUUUUUAUGUUUUCUAUGUUUUUGGUCAAAGGAUUUAAAUGAAACUUGACGUUCCUGCAAGAAAAACAAAACUUUUUCUGAUUUCUGUCGCUGUAAAAAUCUAAAAGUGAUCCAGACCCAGAUGUUCUCCUGAGGUUCCAGUGAGAACGUCUGGCUGUAGUCUGAUCUUCUGGAGCUCCACAGCUGCUUUUAUUGUGGAGGAGCAGAAAAGUUUUUGGCUCCAGGUUCAGUUUUUCUGAGAUCCAGACGAACGUUUCCUGAAAUAAAGAACAAAACGUUCAAACAGAAACAAGUUUUUCCUGCAGAGACUCCAGAGGAGCUGAACUUCAGCUUCUUCUGUCCAUCAGGAGGUUUGGAGGAUUUAAAAAACGUUCAGAAGAACCUGAAUCCUGUUCUCCUCAUCAAGCUUCUGUACUGUAAAACAAUCCAAUAAAAUCAGUUUAAUAGUUAAA